GGAUGUUUUGUCGUGUUACAGAGCUUGUUCAGCAGAUCGUCGAUUACUUAACGUAAACGAUCGAUUUGCAGCCAUAGCUGUUUACAUCCUCGGAGCUAUGAGAGGAAGAGAAGUACGAUUUUCUCUUCAGUCUCGAGAAAAUCCAAAUAUAUGCCGUCGAUGAGGGCUUCAAAGAGAUUUUCAAAGUUAAGAGUGUUUUGCCUGUAUUUACCCUCUUCCAUCGUUUAGACCUUUAUCGGAUUUUUUUAAACGAGGAGCUGACCCACUUUCUCCAAUUAAUUUCUGUCCCGGAUUUUAAAAGAAGUUUCAUUUUUACAUUUUUGGGGCUAUUGAAUGGCAAUGUGGAUAACUGGGAAAGCUGAUCACUCCACACGAAGAGAUGCCCUGUUUUCUGAUCUGUAUCAAGAGUGUAAGCUGGCUCCACCAGCAGCUCGACUCUCCUAUUCCCUCAGAGUGCGACUAGAGAGAUUUAACCAACCAGAAAGAAGGGACAUAGCAUGCCGGAUGAAAGAAGGAUGUGCCCCACUCUUUAUCGCUUGCAAGAAAGGAAAUGUAGAGAUUGUUGAAUACCUCAUCACUGUUUGUAAUGCUGACGUCGAACAACGUGGGAAAUAUGAAGUCCCUGACGAUCGCUCUGUUCACAAUGUAACCCCUCUAUGGUGCGCUGCCGUUGCGGGCAAACUGCCAGUAGUUAAAUGCCUGGUGCAGUAUGGAGCCAAUGUGGACAGUAUGUCUGACACUGGUUCAACGCCAGUUCGUAGUGCUUGUUUUAUGACACAUCAAGAAAUUGUUCAAUUCCUCGUAGAAAGCGGAGCCAACAUCUUACGGGCAAAUUACAACGGUGGAACCUGUCUCAUCAACUCAGUCCAGAGCGUUCCACUGUGCGAAUAUCUCCUUCAGCACGGCGCCGCCGUCAAUGCACUGGAUAUCCAGCAAAAGACGGCACUCCAUUACGCCAUUCAAGAGCAUCGAUUGGAAACCACCAAACUUCUCUUGCAGUAUCUCGCCGAUCCAUAUUUAAAGAGUCGAUACGGCGACGAUGCUUUACAAACGUCUUGCUUAAAAGGAGCGACGCAGAUAUUCGAAUACCUAAUUGCCAAUGUCCCUUACGAUUUGGAACGGAUCGCCGAUGCUUACGAGUUAAUGGGUUCGACGUGCCUUGACGAACACCACGAUUUACAACUAGCUUUACAAUACUGGCGCAAUGCCGUCCAAUUGCGCAAUCGUGACGCUGCUUCUCCUAUUAUCAAAACCAUCUGCUCACCGGCCGCACAUUUCAACAAUGCCGUCGAAUUUCAAACGUUGGAAGAACUGGAUAACCUCUCAACAGAUCUAGAUGCUAUGCGAACCCAAAGUUUGUUGAUAUGCGAGAGGAUUCUAGGUUCAACACACAAAGAUGCCAUCUUUCGCUUUAUGUAUCGAGGAGCAGCCUACGCCGAUAGCUUACGGUACCAGCAGUGCAUCGACUUGUGGAAAUACGCCCUUCAGUUGAGAGUGCUCAAGGAUACGUUGCUGUACAACGAAACCUGUUUCGCUGCACGGGCUCUGGUGCGCAUCUUCCUCGACCUCCACGAAAAACAUGAACGCGGACUUCUGCGCGAACCCUUGCGUCCCGCUGACGUAAUGUCAGCCUUCACACUAAUAGUGGACAAUAUGGAGGCGUCGUUGGAAUUGCUCUACGUUCGACCUGUUUUCCGCCGACAUCAAGAAAAUUUCGACCGCAUCCUCAACUGUCUGAGCCAUUUGCUGUUUUUAUUGACAUCGAUCGAAGCGAAUCAACCGGACAAGGCCAGACUAAUUGAACUCGUUUGUCGAGUGGUACGGAUAGAUCCGAGAACCUCAAAUGGAGAAUCUCUGCUGCAUCUCGCCGCCAAUCGGGACAACACAAUUAAAAGCAGCACUUAUUUUGAUGAGCCACAGGGUACCUUCUUUCCGUCUGUCAAGGUAGCUCAGCUUCUCAUUGAUUGCGGGGCCGAUGUUUCGUCCCUAGAUCACAAGCGCAACACUCCCCUGCACACGGCUGCCAAAAUCCAAAACUAUCACAACAGUCUGGUUGAACUGCUGCUCAAUCACGGCGGUCAUAUCGACCAGAUCAAUGGUGAUGGCGAACGGCCUGCCAGCAUGCUACUCAAGCUGCCAACUUGCACCAUUCACCCAUUGCAGCACAUCAGUCUGCAGUGUUUGGCUGCCUCUGUCAUCAAGAAUCAGAGCAUCAGCUAUCGAGGUGAAGUGCCAGUGUCCCUAGAACCAUUUAUUGAGAAACAUUGAGCUUAUACUGUUUUAACCGAACGAUUCAAAUUAAUGAUGAUCUUACCUUAUGAACUGUUAUUCAUUUUUGACUAGCCAUAAUCCCCCUUCUCAUUUGUAAAUAAGAGUAAAAGAGGUAACAUUUUACUAGCAAAAGGCAAUCGAGCCCGUCUACUACUCGAUGGCGCAUUAUAAUUGCGUCUUUUAAAUGCUUUAUUUUGUUGUAAUUGUUUGAAAUUUUCUUCUUCCCUCGCCUGAUCCAUUUUAGUGUUAAUACGCAACAACUAAAAGAUGAACAUACUACGUCGAA